AUGGACCAGCAGGUCAUCUCCAAUUUUAAAAAACUCUACACAAGGGAGCUUUUCCGGCGAUGCUUUGAGAUGACAGAUCGCUCAAGCCUCACCCUCCAUGAAUUUUGGAGAGAGCAUUUUGACAUUGUGAGCUGUCUGCAGAUUAUCACCAUUGCCUGGAUCGGGGUCAGCCAGAUAAACCUAAAUUCUGCUUGGCGCAACCUGUUGCCAGACUGUGUUGUGAAACCUGCCUCCAGGGCUUCUGCACCUGCACCAGAGUCAGCAGUGUUGGAGGAAAUUGUUUCCUUGGGGAGGACCAUGGGCCUGGAGGUGACUGAGGAGGAUGUCUACGAACUGGUGGAGGAACACGACCGUGACCUAACCACCGAGUUGCUGGUGGAAUUGCAGAAGGAGGUGAUGGAGGAACAGACCGCAUUUGGGGAGGAGGAGGAAAUGAGUGAGGAACAACUCUCUUCCAUGGAACUCAAGGAGGCAUGCCAAAUGUGGGUAAACCUACAGACUUUUGUACAGCAGCACCACCCAGAUAAGGCUCUAGCUUACAGACUUGUGAGCAGUUUUGACACAGACAUCAUGUCCCCUUUCUGA